AUGAAAUCGACCUCUCAUGAGCAAAUUAUUGUUUCAACAUCAAAUGGUUCCGAGGUAGCCGAUGAACAGGCACAUCCUAUUAAUACACUAAUUCCACGAGAAAAUAUAAACUCAAAAAAAAUCAAUGUAAUUGUUAAAAACGAACGAGCCGAACAAAAUGACGAAUGGGCAACAAACACAAUGAACCACGAUAAAAAGAGAUUGCGUGCAUCGAGUGCUAGUAGAGAACUGACAGCUACACCAUCCGAUAUAAAAUUAUUUUCUCGUCCAAAUUCAGCUGAUGGUCCAACUGAGAAAGGUAAAUCACAUGAGUGA